CUCUCGCUAUGUUGGCAGGGCUUUCAAUGCAAGGUAUGCCAUCGGCUCUGGCCUUUCUGUGCAAGCCACGCUCUUACCAGGAGACAGGAGCCGGGGGAUUGGAGGGCAUCAGGAGCUCAGGAGGCAUCUGAUUUGCUGUCACUCCAUGGCAAGUAAAAAUAGACUCCGGGUGGAAAAUGCUGCGUGGCUAACGUGUCAUCAGCUGCUUUUUCUACAAGCUGCUGGAGGUGGCUACAAUCAAACUUGUCCUCCUGUUGGAGCAAGGAGCUUCUCUUCUGAUGGUUAUCUCUACUGUGCCUGGCGUCUGCACACAGGGGGCAAAAUGAUCGCUCUCAGUGAAAAGCUGAUUGUGGACUGCAGCAAAGGAAUCAACAAAGUCGCUAAGUUUCUCAAAGGAGGAUUUGGGGCUCCAAAGCUGCAGUCAGUGUUCCAGCAUAACUGCAAGCAAGCCAAGAUACUUAUUGCAGCUUUUACACUUCCCGACCUGACCGAACAGUUCUCACCACCUGAUACAGCCCCUCCGCUCCUUAUCAAGCUCAUAGAAGCCAUUGAAAAGAAAGGUCUCGAGUCUGCAACAUUAUACAGAUCCCAAAGUUCCAGCAGCUUGACUGAACUGAGACAGAUUCUAGAGUAUGAUGCUGCUUCAGUGGAUUUCGAGCAGUUUGACAUAGCAAUUCUAUCAGAUGCUUUAAAGCGCUACCUUUUGGAUCUGCCAAAUCCUGUCAUUCCAGCUUUAAUGUACAGUGAAAUGCUCUCUGCUGCCAGAGAGUCCAUAAGCUCCGAGGAAUAUGUGCAGCUAUUGAGGAAGAUCAUCCGAUGUGCCAACGUUCCACAGCACUACUGGCUCACCCUUCAGUAUCUGCUCAAACAUUUCUUUCAACUCUGUCAAAGCGCCAGCAAGAACUUACUGAGUGCCAAGUCGCUGGCAGAAAUCUUCAGCCCCCUGCUUUUCAGGAUCCAGGUAUCCAGUUCCGACGGCUCGGAAUUCAGCACUCAGAUACUGGAAGUUCUGAUCACAAGCGAGUGGAAUGAGAAGCAAGCUGCUCCAGCACUGCCACCAAAGCCUCCCAAAUCUACUGCUGUAACAAACAACGGUACAAAUCACAUUAUGUCUCUGCAAGAUGCUGAAUGGUACUGGGGAGAUAUUUCAAGGGAAGAGGUGAAUGAAAAGCUGCGUGAUACCACUGAUGGAACCUUUCUGGUACGAGACGCCUCAACAAUAAUGCAUGGCGACUACACCCUAACUCUAAGGAAAGGUGGAAAUAACAAACUUAUCAAAAUCUUCCACCGGGAUGGAAAAUACGGUUUUUCUGAUCCCCUGACUUUCAACUCUGUGGUCGAACUGAUUACCCACUACCGAAAUGAGUCGCUUGCCCAGUAUAACCCUAAACUGGACGUCAAACUCCUGUAUCCCGUGUCAAAGUUGCAACAGGAUCAGGUAGUCAAGGAAGACAGCAUCGAAGCAGUGGGGAAGAAGCUACGAGAGUACAAUGUUCAGUUCCAAGAGAAGAAUCAAGAAUAUGAUCGACUAUAUGAAGACUACACUAGGACGUCUCAGGAAAUUCAAAUGAAAAGAACUGCAAUUGAAGCAUUCAAUGAGACCAUAAAGAUAUUCGAAGAACAGUGCCAAACACAGGAAAAAUACAGCAAGGAGUACAUUGAAAAAUUCAGACGUGAAGGCAAUGAGAAAGAGAUACAAAGGAUCUUGCAUAAUCAUGAAAAGCUGAAGUCCCGCAUCAGUGAAAUCGUCGACAGCAAGAGAAGGCUAGAAGAAGAUUUGAAGAAACAAACGGCUGAAAAUCGGGAGAUUGAUAAGCGAAUGAACAGCAUCAAACCAGAUUUGAUUCAGCUGAGGAAGACAAGAGACCAGUACUUAAUGUGGUUGACACAAAAAGGCGUGAGACAGAAGAAAUUGAACGAGUGGCUGGGCAGCGAUAACACUGAAGAUCAAUAUUCAGUGGUAGAGGACGAGGACUUGCCACAUCAAGACGAGAGGACGUGGAAUGUUGGCAACAUCAACAGAAACCAAGCAGAAAACCUUUUACGUGGGAAACGGGACGGAACAUUCCUUGUGCGAGAGAGCAGCAAAGCGGGGUGCUACGCAUGCUCUGUAAUGGCAGACGGAGAGGUAAAGCACUGCGUUAUAAACAAAACUCAUACGGGUUUUGGGUUUGCAGAACCAUACAACUUGUACAGCUCUCUGAAGGAACUGGUGCUACAUUACCAACAAACGUCGCUCGUACAGCACAAUGACUCUCUGAAUGUGACACUAGCACACCCUGUAUAUGCACAGCAAAGGCGAUGAAGUCCCGACAAACUGUGGAGUUUACUCCUACACUGACAACAUUGAAGCCUGCCUGGGCUAAGGAAUAUAAAUAAAGCUCCUUCGUCGACCUAAUUCACAGAUUGAGCGGCGGUAUCAAAGUGAUGGAAUAAGAGCUUUCUUUUGCCAUGGAAGCAGGAGACGAGUGUUAAGCUGUGAAUGUAUGUCUCUAAGCUAUUGUGCUUGCUUUCUAAGAACCAAAAGCACAGCAACGUAAAGAUAUGCUAUUAAAGAAUAAUAAAAGCCAAUCUCCCAGGCCUGCAGGUACCUAGAGGCCUUCACCAUGGUGCUUGUUUACGUUCUAUUAAAGCUUUACCAGCUCGAAUGUUGGUCUGCGGAGAUCUAAGAAGCCAAGGUGUCUUUGUCAGUACUGAUUGGGGGAACCGUUCCAUCGUAAAACCUACUUAUAAACGACUCGUGGCAUUGUAUACGGCGGAUCUAGAGCCUUUGCGGAUUGUAUCAUUUCCCCACCCCCCAAAAAUUUCUAUAUAUGUAGCGGAAUGGCACUUUUCAUCAUUUUCUUAUUAAAUGGAACUGCAAGGAAAUGACAAAAGCAACGAAUUGCCGGGAAGUGUUUUUAAUUAAGACUAUGAAAAUUCUCUCGUAGAGUCUAUUUAAUGAGGAAGAUGGCAGGAUGGAUAAAUGGCAAACAGUAUAUAUAAAUAUAUAUAUGUACAUAGCAUUGGGUGACUAGCUGUCAAAAUGGAACUCAUACCAAACUGUCGACUUCUCGUUUAUUUUGCCGAUUGCUGAAUCCUUAAUGCUAUGCAACAUCAGUUUUCCUUUGAGCUGUUUUUUUUUUUUUAUAUAUAUAUAUAUAUGUGUACCAAUAAGAAAACAUUCUGUUCAUUGUGAAAUAAUGUUACUUUUUUUGUUAUCAACGUUUUGUUUUUUUGUCCGUAUAAAACGUGCAGUACGUCUCGAGAGAGGUGCAAAGCUAUUUUACCAUAAACCUUGUAUAGAAAAACUUCAGCUCUGAGCCGAAGAUUUAAAGAAAAAAAAAAUCCACGACAGAUAUUGGAUUUCAUUGUUUUGUUGGGCAGUGCCUAAUAAGCUUCAAAGCUGCUUUAUUAAUUAAAAAAAAAAAUCUUAUAAAAUAGAUGAAUAUAUAAACAGAAGAAAUGUCGGAGUUUUGACAGUGUUGUAUUAUGGUUUAUUUACUCUGAAUGGUACUGGAUCAUGUGCUGAGGGCACAGUAAGUGUUCUGUCCCUACUACUUUUGAACUGGGUAGAAAACGCGUGAGGUUCUUCUACUCUUUUCUGACCCUCCUAAUCUCCAGUCCCCCAGGAAACUUUUUCAUUUUUGUGCAUGGAAAAAUUGGCAAAGAUCUUUAUUGUUACAAUGUUUUCAAUUAUUGGGAGCGGCCUUAUAAAGGAAAUAAUAGUUGUACACCCUCCCACCCGUGCUGAAAACUGUCCCCUCUUCUAUUUGUAUUGAUCUUAUCUUUAUUACAGCUGCUUGUAUGGCUGGUGGCACACGGGAAGAUUCGGGGGAGAUUAUUCGCCCAGCGACAAAUCUUCCCUUUAUUGGUCGACUAAUCUUUCCAAAAGGUAGAUUGGAAUCUACCAUUAGGCCUUUAGGGUGGUUGCGCACUUGAAGAUUUAAGGGGAGAUUAGUCGCCUAGCAACAAAAUUCCCCUACUUCGGGCGACUAAUCUCCCCAAAUGCCUUCCCACCGGCAAGAAUAUGAAUCACAGGCGAGAUGGCAUACGAAUCGCUUCGGAUUUCCGAAGUCAUCCGACCGAAUGUAUGCCAUUCCACCAGGCAUUUCGGGAGAUGAGUUGCCUGAAGAAGAGAAAAUUUGUUUGUAAUCUCUCUGAAUCUUCACGCGUGCCAUCGGCUUGAUGUUCUGACUUGUAGAAACCCCUGGGCUUCAUCACCCAGCAGAUCCCCUGACCUCCAGUGAGGUUGAGUGUGUCCACCAUUUGCAAACUAUGAAUAUACUGUAGGAUACAACCUAUUGGCUGCAACAAAUGGACUUUCUAUAUCAUAGUAUCAUAGUAAGUUAGGUUGAAAAAAGACACAUGUCCAUCAAGUAUAACCUUUAUAACUUUUUUUUAACCUGCCUAACUGCCAGUUUUCAUCAUUUUAGCACUUUUCACCAGCGCCGCUACAGAGGCCCGCCCCUUAACAAUCAUUUAACCCUCGCUAACUUGUUCUCUGUGCGGCAGCGUGAUCCCGCUCUGCUAUGGUUGUGUAUUGUGCAGUAUUGGCUGCAGUCAUCUCUGUCGUUUGCAGUUGACAUACGUGCUGUCACGUGAUUAUCAUUAGUCGCUCAUUCGUUGACACUUACAGGAUUUUGGUUCUCCAUUUUGAUCAAGGCUGUGUGAGCUGCUUAUUUUUAUCUUAACCCACCUAUAAAUACAAGAUAGCACGGGGGCUGUGUGUAUUGUAAUUCAGAAGCUGUGCUUUAUUGUUAUACAAUAUAUAUAUAUAUAUUCUCAUGAAUCCAUUGUCCUGGCAUUUCCAUAGACUUCCAUUGUACUCGUACAGCUUUAUAGGUAUAAACACAGCUCAAGCAUUUUAUUUUCUGAUUGUUCAGACAUAAUCAGCCUUUUUUUUUUCGGUAACCCGUAUCACAUGGCGAUGGAUAUAUCAUAGAAAGCAUCCAGUCUUGUUUAUCCAUAAAGCAAUUUCAUUGGGGCUCAUUUAUAAACGGCAAAUUUGCACCUGGGCUGUAACAAACCAUGGCAACCAAUCAGAUGAUUGUUUUCAGUGCUGAUCCUGCAGCUGUCUGAAAAAAAGCUAAUCACUGAUUGGUUGCUAUGGGUUACUACGCAGUUGCAAAUUUGCCUACUGUUUAUAAAUGAGCCCCAAAUCUCUCACCACCGAAUGCAGCGGUACGUUCAUCUUGGCCUUUGUUCAUUUAUAUAAACCUUGACAAUUAUUUUCAUAUGCAGCUUUUUGGGAGCAUGUGUGUGUGUGAGUAUCCCAGUCUAAGCCAUAUUUUCUCUCUGCGGGGGUCAAAGCUUCUUUUAAUGCCUGUCUGAUUUUAAAGGCAAACUGAAGCCUCGUCUCUGCAUUGUAUACAAAUUGCACGUGCACUAUUCAUACAGUUAAAGGUACAUCAUGCAGUGGAGUCAAGCACAAGGUGCGGUUUUUUUUAUAAUUUGACGAUGAUUUUUGCUGAAUUGUGUAUUUGAAACGUGAUCUAGUGCCCCCCCGGCCUAGAGUAAUCCAGAGAAAACCCUUAAAUGAAGUGAAGUCACCGUAAGACCAUAAUGAGCAAUGAGCUAUGAUAAAUGGACUUGCUACUGAUUUGAAAUUGGGCGAAAUAUCUGCUGCCUGAUCAAUAAAGCUUGUAAUGCAUGAUAUUCAGCUUGGGGAAGGGACACGUGAUGAUUGGGGUCACCAAAAAGUGGGCAGCUAUGAGCUCAUUGGCUGAUGUUUGUUUUAAUCACAAAUUGCGUAAAGCAGGAAUAUACCGUGUUUCUAAGGGUCAGGGAGGGGCACACGGGAAGAUUCGGGGAGAUUAGUUGCCAGGCAACAAAUCUUUUCUUCGGGGCGACUAAUCUUUUCUGAAGUUGCCCAAAGUUGCCUCACGAGGAAACUUUGGGCGACUUUGGAAAACGAAGAGCUCUGAGUGCCAUCCCGCUGGCGAUUUACAUUCUAGCUGGCGGAAGGCAGAUCUGGGAGUCACCCCGAAGAAGAGGAGAUUUGACGCCUGGCAACUAAUCUCCCCAAAUCUACCAGUGUGCCCCCCGACCCUAAAUGUGUUUUUGCUUAGAAUAUUAGUAGGGAUGCACCAAAUUCAGGAUUCGGUUUGGGAUUCGGCCUUUUUCAGCAGGAUUCAGCCAAAUCCUUCUGCAUAUACAAAUUAGGGACGGGGAGGGAAAUCGUGUGACUUUUUGUCGAAAAACAAAGAAGUAAAAAAAAUGUUCCCCUUCCCACCCCUAAUUUGCAUAUGAAAAUUAGGAUUUGGAUUCGGUUCGGUAUUUGGCCAAAUCUUUCAUGAAGGAUUCGGGGGUUCAGCCGAUUCCAAAAUAGUGGAUUGGGUGCAUCCCUAAAUAUCAGUAUGGUAUACAGGCAUUGCACAGAAUGUUCCUGCUCCAAUACAGGGGCCCCUAGUGAUGGGAAAGUGUUUGCUGCUGUUCUGUAUGGGGAGUCAAGGCACACACUAUAUACAGUUCCCAGUAUAAGCAAAGACAAUAUUCUCUGGCCAAUACCAAUGCCGCAUACGUUGUAGUUGAGCGGUGGGAAAACUGAAUGCAAAGCGUAUUUAGAAAUAAGGACUAUUUCCCCUUUAAUGCAAAGCCUCAGCUAUAGUGAACCUCUUCUCCCCCACAAUGUAUGCUGGGAUCUGGGGGUCACUAAACCUAGAGCCCAUCAUGUGCCCCGUUCAGACAUCACUAGUUGACUUGCUAAAUGGGUGAAAUGAUCUGGUCACCGUACGACUGCAUUGGCUGCCCAACAUGCUGCUAUUUUUUUUUUAUUCCUGUUUCAAGAAAAAAAAAAGCAAAAAAACCUGUUAAUGUUUAUACAACAUUGCAAAAAAUAGAUCUACACUUUGUUAACAAGAAUACGUUGAUCUUUCAAUAGGGGUGGAAAGGAUGGUUAGUGGUAAUUUGCCUUUACAAGGCAAUAAAUAAAGUUGUGCCUCUGAAAUUGGAGCUAUAGCUUUGAUAAAGCUCUGUGUCUCGUUUUAAGUUGCUUUAAAACAUUGUAUUAGACCUUCAAACGAAAUAAAGAUUGUUUUAAAAACUC